CGGUGUCAAAUCCGCGUGCCUCAAAAGUCCCUUCACAGCCAGCGAAUUAACCUGCUCCUUAUCAAUUAUAUCUUGCUGACGGGGGCAAAAAUAAAAGGCGAGAUAGAGGCGCCAGAAACGGCAAGCUAAAUAUUUCCAGGGAAAGGUAACGAGAUGUGGGGGUCAAAACAUUAACCACGAAUGCUUCAGAGGAGGCCCUGGGACAAGUGUGCAGAAAAGGAGAUAGUGUUUAACAGAAAGUUGAAAGCUUCACAUGAACCAAGUCAAACUCCUCAGAGAGCUGACAUUUAGAGAGAGGACCAUGAAAGAUUUUGAAGAGCUGAGGAAACUGUGCUGUGCUGAUAAUCCUGGUGCAUUUGAGGUGUCUGCGACAAGCAAUGGUUUUGAGAAGAAUACAAAGAGAGGCUUGAGCUUUGUUGCUCCUGGAGCAAAGGACAGUAUCACAAAACUGAAGAAAAGAAAAGAGGUGCUGUGUGAGAACUCCUCUGCCGGAAGUGAGGGACAGAACGGGGAUAGCACAGAAAGAACGUAUCCAGAAAUAGAAAAGAAGGGCCAGAAAAGCUUUACACUGAAGAAAAAGAAAGCUGUGUUAGAAAAGAGACAGGCCAAGGCAAAUGUCGAAGAAGGCUGCAUUACAAAACCGGAAAACGUCAGCAAUGAAGACAAGGCUAAACGCAAACCCAAAUGUGUUGGAGGCACGACUAAAACAAAUAAGGCGAUCUCAACGCUCAGUGACAUGCAGUAUGAAAAGAUCUUCCAGUCUGUCAUAGACAAGUCUCUAGAGGAAUGCAUAGAAAGCAGCAAGAAGCUAAUUCACAAAGUGAAAAGCUUACAGGAGAACAGUGAACUGCUCCUUGUCAGUGAGAACGUUGUGCCGUCGGAGCCUUCAGCAAACAAAAGCAGUGAGGAGUCGGAGGCACAGGGAGUAAGGAAAACAAAGGCGAAAUCAAAGGACAAUAAAGCUAACAAACUCUCUCGGAAAAACAAAAUUCUAACUGAUGCAAAUGAGAUAAAUGAAGUCAGCACAGUAGGACGAAGACACAAACGUAAAGGCCAGCCAAAGAAGAUUGUUCAGGACUACACCAAGUUCAUUGACGAUGAUGAAGAAUCUGCAUUAGAGUUCAGCAACCGGCCCAGCCCCCCUUUCAUCGCCACAUCCAGGUCAGACACCACCAGAGGGAGCGGGUCCAUGGAGCCUUCACGUGGGGAUAGUAGCCACGAUGUGACAGCUGGUAACUCCGACCCUUGGGCCACUCCAGCAGCUCUGAGAGACUACCUGCCAAAGGAGGAGGAGGAGAGUUUCCAGGAUAGUCCAGCCCAGAGAUUCUCCAAGAGUCUUUCUAGGGGAACCAGGGAGGUUGGCCAAUAUAGAAAUGUUGUGUUUGGGUGCCAGCAGCCAGAGGGAGAGGUAGGGGAGGUCCUUGCUUCCAGAUUCUUGGAGCUACAGCAGGAAGGGUUCCACGUGCUGCAUAGAGACCUGAUGCAGCUGCAAGAAAUCAUGGGAGAAGGAAUCAGUAGUUUUUCCCGGAAAUUAGGCAAGAGACUGGUCAGGCUGUCGAGCCAGAUGUCAGUUUUGGUGGAGCUCCUGCGUGAUGUCAGUGCCGUCCUAGUGCCCGGUCCUUCUGAGCAGAUCUCAGUCGCCUGUCAAACCGACAAGAAUGAGGUUUAUGGCCCAUCCAGGGCCGUGCCUAACCUUAUCUCCAGCCCACCACUAGCUGGGCCAGAGGCCACAAACAGCAGGGUGCAGACCACUCCUUUGCUGUCUGCCACACUCAGGAAACGCCGGUCAUCAGUGACAACAAGGAGCAUUGAAACACCCUCAAAGGUAGAUAGAGCAGGCAUAUAAGUACAGAGGAAUGACUGGGUGAAGUCUCAAAACUUUAGUUGGUUCAGUGGAAUUUGGACAGAAUCUGGUUACUUAGAGUUGAUUCGGCUAACCUGAUAAUUUUAUUAUUUUGGAAAAGAGGUUCGGUGAAUGGGUUUGAGUGUGGAUGCAGUUUUGUGUUCUCAAUUUGUUCUGUGAUUGAGAGUGGUGGAUGUGAGAGGGUGCACCGAUGCCACCCCGCUGCCGUUUGAUUUCCCGGCCGUUUGUUCGUUAACAGAAGCGUGUGAGGAAAUGGGUCACCUCCAGACGAAUGACGUAAAAUUCCGCACUGUGUUUACUUCUGCUUCGAGAGAGAAAAACAAUUCUUAGAUUUUGUUUCCCGUUAGAUGCCAUUUUAAAUUCCUUUAUCACUGGGGGAAACGGGUGGCAAUGGUGCGGAAACUGUGAACUUGGAAAAUGUAUAAGAGGGAAGCCCAAGGCUAUUAGUGCAUCAUCAUUCCAAUGCAUUGUCUAAGGAACAGAGGCAGGGAGCGAGUUUAGCCAUUGCGGUGCACUGGUUUUGUGAGUUCCUGAUGUUGGCCAGUCUAGUAGGAGGAAAUGCUGAGUGGAGGGAGUGUACCAAGAGGGUAUAUCAUCACAGAAUGACUAGUUUCAUUCUGAAGGCUGAAUUCCUUGGCAGAAGUCAUGGGACAAGAUAUCUGCACACCUCAAUUGAUGACUGGUACAUGUACAGAGCCGUUGCAGGGUGGAAAGUCAGAAGGAGAGAGGAGAAAGGGGCUUAAAAUG